GCUCCUGUUGUUCUCCCUUUGUUUCUUUUUCCUUCUUCAUUUGUUAUUAGAGUUGUCUCUAUGCCUAUUUUCACAUUUCCAAUGUUGCCUGAACCUAUAACUCUCCAUGAUAGGUAGUAGUUUUAUCUGAUGAUGAUUUCCAUGAACCAAGUCGUAUACCUAUAUCAUUCUUAGGAAUUUUAUGGCCCAAUUUUACAGGUACGGGAUGAAAUUGAACAUCUGUUAGAUGACAACGAAGACAUGGCACAACUAUAUUUGACAAGGAAGUGGUUGCAGAAUCAGAAACUUGAUGCUCAUGUGGGGGCCACAACCUUGAACAACCUUUUUAAUACUCGUCGACUUGGUUCUACCAGAAGUGGAAGUUUGGUAACUAGUAACUUAGGGGAUGAUAAUGACAUGGAGGAUCUGGAAAUGUUGCUUGAAGCAUAUUUUAUGCAGUUGGAUGGAACUCGUAACAAGAUAUUGUCUGUUAGGGAGUAUAUUGAUGAUACAGAAGACUAUGUCAACAUCCAACUUGAUAAUCACAAAAAGAAACUUAUUCAGCUGCAGUUGACAUUGACAAUUGCAUCAUUUGCGAUUGCUAUUGAAACUUUGAUUGCCGGUUCAUUUGGUAUGAACAUUCCUUGUUCACUAUUUCAAGUAAAUGGAAUAUUUUGGCCCUUUGUUUAGAGCACUUGUUUUGGUUGCUUCUUCAUUUUUCUGCUUAUACUGGCAUAUGCAAGAUGGAAAAAGUUGCUAAGAACAUAAGUGUAAAUUGAUAUUGACCGUUGGUUUGUGAUUACAAUUGACUAUACUAAUCUCAGCAAUCAGUGAUUAUAGAUGCAAACAUAACCUGGAUUACCUGUAGUGUGAAAUUUAUAAUAAUCUCAAUUUGUCACAAGUUUGUUUACUGGUCUGUAAAAUAACCUCAAAACGUGUUUAGUAGCUCAAGAUAUGCAUGAUAUCAUGAUGCAUGCAACUUACGAGGUUGAGUCAACUGUCCUUUUAAUAUCAAUAUUCUGUUUUUGG